GGUUAUUCGCAUGUUAAAGUACAUUUCGUCGUAAACAACAAGUCUUGGGAACUGACUCCGAAUCAGGUGUGGCAAACUACUCAAUUAUUUGCUAUUUUCGAAUCGAAAUCACCUAAAUCACGCUGUCUUGCAGGGAAGCUGCUCAUCACAAUGGACCUGCUCAGAUGACAUCACGAUGACAUCACAAUGACAUCAUAGCUAGACGUCUACCAGCCAUGGUGGAGUUGAAAGUAUGGGUGGACGGGGUCCCGCGGGUGGUGUGCGGGAUCACCGAACUCACGACCUGCCAGGAAGUCGUCGUUGCUCUGGCCCAGUCAACGGGUCAGGUCGGACGCUUCAACCUGAUGGAGAAAUCACCAAAGAUGGAGCGUAUCCUGCACCCCCAGGAGAGUCCAUACCGUGCCUUAGAGAAAUGGGGUCCCAUGUCGAAGAAUGUCCGCUACUUCCUCAGGCGGAAGGGAACAACACCGUAUAGUCGGACACCACACAGCAGCAGGCCGUCUUCCGUGACGAGCCUGAACCUUUCGAGUCCCGAUGAUCGCUUCUUAGCGGAUUUCGGAGUGGAUGGUGAGGAUGAGGAUUUGAGAGCGGCCGCGUAUCAGGCAUCAAUGUACGGCAGCGGGAAGCAGGGUGCGCUGCAGAGACUUGAGCUAGAGAGACAUACUCAGCUGAUGAAGGAGGAGGAAGAACGUCGGAUCCAGAAGAUGGAGAGAACAAAAGACUUUCAGAGAGAUCAGGCCGUUGAGAAAAUCAAGGAGAUUGAAAGGGAGAGAUUUAUAGACCAAAGGAGAGAGAUGGAACGACAGCAUGCGUUAGCGAUCGAGAAGGAACAACAGAGGAAGAGGGAGAGAUGGAAGGAGGAAGCACAGGCUAGAGAGGCGGAAGAGGCGGCAAAGAUAAAGAAAAUUGAACUUUUGAAAGAACAAGAGAAACAAAAAGAACUUGAACAGCAGAGGCAGCAGUACCUGAAAGAACAGGAAGAAAAGGAACGUAAAAUUCGAGAGUUGGAAGAGAUGGUGCGAGAGAAGGAACGGCAGAAGGAAGACGAGAAGAAGAAUGAACUGGAGAGAUUGCAGGAGAAGCAGAGGGAAGAGCAGAGGAUUAAGGAGGAAGAGAUAGCGAGAUUGAAAGAAGAGGCAAAGAAGAAGGAAUUGGCACGUAAGAAAGAAGAGGAGAGAAGGAUAGAGACUGAAUUGAAAAAGGAAGCGGAAAGGAUAGCGGCCGUGCAGCGAGAGCGGGAAUGGCAAGCAGAGAGGGAUAGGUUACAGAGGGAAGCCAAGGAAUUCGAAGAACAGAAGAAGAGGGAGGAGAUCAAGAGAAAGAUUCUUGAAAAGCAACGAGAGGAGGACCAGCUUCGAGAAGCGGAGAAGGAAGAGGAACGGCAACUGGAAAUUGAAAGGGUCCAGAGAGAGGCAGAAGAAAGGGAAGAAGAGCGGAUAGCGGAGAUGGAAGUGGCACGUCAGAUUGAAAUACAGAAGCAGAGGGAAAUCGCAAGAGAGAAGAAGCUGAUCGAGGAGGAAUUGCGGAAAAAAGAAAUUGAACAUCAAAAAGCCCUUCAGAGGCAAAAAGAUGAAGAACUCAAAAGAGAUAAAUUGAGGCUCCAGGAAAUGGAAUGGGAGAAAGUCAGGAUAGCUGAGAGGGAGCGACAGAACGAACAACAGCGACGAAAGGAAGAGCGAGAAAAGGAACAGCAGAAGCAGGAAGAGAUAGCAAAGGAGAAAAAGAGAAUUGAAGAGGAAGUUAAGCAGAGAGAGGGCGAAAAGCUUAAGGAAUUGGAGCUUGAGAAAGCGAAGCUGGCAGAAAUUGCAAAGAGGACGGAGGAGGAGCGACAGAAGGAGAUCGAGAGACAGAAGGAAUUAGAGAAGCUGCGGGCAGAGGAGGCGGAGAAGAAAGAAAAGGCAAGGAGGGAGCGGAUCGAGAUGGAGAAGGUCAAAAUCCUGGAGGCCAGAAGACAGAAAGAAGCUGCCAGGAAAAAGGAUGAAGAUCAAAAACGACAGAAGGAGAAGGAAAAAAUCAACGAGCUGAACCAGAUCGUCAGCGUUCAGCAGGAGCGGAUCGAGACGCAAAAAUCACAACUCACCAGCAUCGAGGAUGCUAUCCUAUCCCUCCAGAUGUUUGAGAUGGACCCCGAGCUGGACCAAAUCGAGGAUAAGAUCAUCGAGUUCGAGCAAGCCAUUAAGAAGAACAAGAGCGCCCUCAAGGAGAUGGAAUUCUGGGAGAACGAGCUGGAGAUUGAGCUACAGCUGUGUGACAGACUCAAUAAGGAGGUGAAAGCACUGAAAGCGAAGGUAGAAGAAUGCCAGAGACAGACGGAGGAAAAGCAGGUGGAGAUCCGGAGGAUCGACGAGAGGAUGCGGAAUGAAGAGGAGAAGAUACAAAAGGAAGGGGACGAGCAAGCAAAGAAAGACCUUCUUGCAAUCCAGGUCCAGCUGACAGUCUUUGACAAGGAGCUGGAAGAAUACGCAGAGAGCCUUCGAGGGGUCAACAAGGAGAUCCAAGAGGUGGAGCGGCUCCUGGAGAAGAAGGAGAAAGAGAUCAAGAAGUUGGAGGGAGACGUGGAGAAGGCGGACAGGGAGAUCGAGGAAGAAGAGCGACGGAGGCAGGAGGAAGAAGAGGAAGAAAGGAAGAGAGUCGAAGAAGAAGAGAGGUAUAAAGAGCUAGAGGAAGAAAGGAGGAAAGAAGAGGCAGAGAGGAAAAGAGUCGAAGAAGAGAGGAGGAGAGCGGCAGCGGAGAGAAGGAGAGCCGUAGAAGAGAGGAAGAAAGCGGAAGAAGAGAGCAGAAGAGCGGAAGAAGAGAGAAAACAAGCAGAGGAAGAAAGGAUAAGAGUUGAAGAGGAGAGACGGCAGGUGGAAGAACAACAAAGGAAGACAGAAGAAGAGAGGAGGAAGUUGGAAGAGGAGAAAAGAAUGGAGGAAGAGCGAAAGAAGGAAGAAAUGAAGAGGGCGGAAGAAGAGAGAAAGCGAGCGGAGAAGGAGGAUAAGAGGAAGGAAGAGGAGAACAAGGUAGCGGAAGAGAAGGAUAUUCAGAAGGAGAAAGAGGAUCAGCAGAAAGAUGGAGAGAAGAAGAAACCAGCUCUGCUGCCCAAACAAGGAGAACUGAUCAACAAUCCAACACCAGGAAACGCUCCUCCCCGGAAGAUGCUAAGAAGUCCCAGAGAUCUCUUCAAACAAGCUCCAAGCUCGGAUAACCCGGAAGGCGUCUUCGUUUAAACACCCCUGCGUAAUAAUGGGAUGAUCCACCUGCUUAGGCAACUCUCAAGGCGUAUUUGUUUAAACAUCCCUGCUUUUCAAAAUGGAAUGUUCCAUCUAGCAGUCCCAGAGAUAUCUUCAAACAAGCUCCAAGCUCAGAUAACCCGAAAGGCGUGUUUGUUUAAACAUCCCUGCCGUAAGAAUGGGAUGAUCCACCUGCUUAGACAACCAUGAGUGCAUCUUUUUUUUAAACACCCCUGCACUGAGAAUGGAAUGAUCCAAUCUUUCAUGUAAGAUGCUGAAAGUCCCAUAGAUCUCUUCAAACAAUCUUGUUUAAACACCUCUGCUGUAAAGAAUAGAAUGAUCUGGCUGCUGUAUAGUUUCCAGCUCUUUAACAUUUCCAAGUCCUGACAAUGCUGAGGGCAUCCUUGUUUAAACACCCCUGUAGUAUGAGUGGAAUGGUCCAUCUGGCUCCUCUGUUGUGAUGGAAUGGAUCCUUGUGUCAAAGGUUACGUCAUAAAUUUGUACUAUUCUGAACACUACCCCACCCCUCCUUAUAGUCUUUGAGUAGAUAGAUCAUUCAUAUUGAAAAUGUGGGCCAUGGGUUAGAUUUGAAGAAUUAAUUAUGUUUUAAGUUUGGUUUCCUUAUAUAUUUGUAAAAAACAAACCUUAAUGCCAGGGAACUACCUGUAGCAUGAAAUGAAAAUAAUAUUCAUCUGUUCGCUGAUAUGAAUUCUGCAAUUCGUAUAGGUUUUUAAAGGGACCAAUAAGUUUCAGCAGGCGACCUUAUGACACACCAAAUGCUGACAAAGGUUUGAACUUUGACCCAGAAGGAAGUUUUGCAUUGCUAUGGGUCAGAUUGUAAGUGUUGGGUUUCUUAUUAGACAAUGUUUCAUUAAGUGGCUUAAAAGUAAUUUUCACUGACAAAAUCGCUCUCAGCCAAUCAGAUGUAAGUAUUUUAGUAGCUUAUAACAGAUAUCAAUGGCAAGAUGUUUAUGAAAGGCUCCCGGCAUGUUUGUCUUGAUAUAAUAGAACUCAGAGGAUCAAGUUUAAUCUUGCCAAUUUUUCUUUUCUUUUCUCAAAAGUGUUUAACAAAUGCUACAGGAGUGUGGUUAGUUGACUUUAUUACUUAUAGAUUUUUUUUUUUUUUUAAUAGAUUUAUUGGAUGUUCAUCUCUUUAAAUGCGUCAUACAUAUUGUGUAAAUAUGCCAUUGGUCAAUUCCAUAACAUAAUUAUGUCCAAUGAACCCCGAUGUGUGGGUCUUUCGUGAAAUUAAUUUUUCUGUUUUCUGUUGACUUGGGCACUUUAUGAAGUGAU